UAGAGGAAAAGGAAUGUUAUGGAUAGAAGAAAUCACACAGAUGUGAACUAUUUCAUUCUGGUUGGGCUCUCAGAGUAUCCCAGAGUCCAAAUCUUUUUCUUCUGUGUACUUCUGGUAUCCUAUCUAGUCACCGUGCUGGGAAAUAGCCUCAUUCUUUUCCUGAUCCAUUAUGAUCCCCAGCUUCACACCCCCAUGUAUUUCUUCCUCAGCAUUCUGUCCUUCCUAGACAUAUGCUUCACGUCAUCUAUUGUGCCUCAGAUGCUCAUCAACUGCCUGCUCAGCAUUCCCAUCAUCUCCCUGAGUAAAUGUCUGGCACAGAUGUGUGUCCUUCUUUACCUGGGUGUUGUAGAAUGCCUUCUUCUUGCUGUCAUGGCCUAUGAUCGUUUUGUAGCCAUCAGCGACCCCCUUCACUAUGUGGUGAAAAUGGGACCUCAGCUUUGCAUCCAACUUGCAGUGGUACCCUGGUUCAUAGCCUUUCUACUUUCUGUGGUUCCAGUCCUGACCAUGCCACUGGAUUUCUGUGGCCACUACAUUAUCAACCACUUCUCCUGUGAACUCUUGGCUAUCUUGAAGCUUGCAUGUAAUGAUCUGAAGGUCUAUGAAUUUCUAAUGAUGGCCACCAGUUUCCUAACUCUCCUGGUACCCUUUACAUUUAUCCUAGGCUCCUAUGGGCAGAUCUUGCGAGCUGUGUUGAAGAUGCGUUCAGCUGAUGGACGAAGAAAAGCCUUCUCCACCUGCAGCUCCCACCUCACUGUGGUGGUCAUAUUCUAUGGAACUGCCAUCUCCAUGUACAUGAUGCCCCAGGACAAAGCCAGUCGAGAUGAGGACAAGAUCAUCUCCAUGUUGUAUUGCAUUGUGACACCCAUGCUCAAUCCAAUUAUCUACAGCCUUCGUAACAAGGAUGUGAAGGGGGCUCUGAGGAAACUAAUCGGGGGCAAGAAUGACUCCUAA